AUGACUGCCGACGCAAAACCCAUCUUCGUCUUCGUGCCUGGCGCAUGGCACACCCCGGACACCUUCGAUAUCAUCCGCGACCUCCUGCGCCAGCGAGGGCAUGACACUGAUGCCGUCGCCAACCAAUCGGCCGGCGCGGCGGACCCCUCCCGCGCCCUCCGAGCGCUGGCCGAUCAAGGGUGCUCGAUCGUGGUGGUCGCCCACUCGUACGGCGGGAUCGUCGCGGCGGGCGCGGUCGAGGGGCUCGGGUAUACGUCGCGGGCCCGCGCAGGACAGCCCGGCGGGGUGAUCCAGGUCGUGUGGAUGGCGGCCUUCGUCACGCCCAAGGACAAGUCGCUCCUCGAAAUGCUGGGAGGGAACUGGUUGUCCUGGAUGUCGUUCACGACCCCCGACGACGGAUACGUCUACACCACCCAGCCCACAAAUAUCUUCUACCACGAUAUGACCCCGGACGCCCAGCGCCAGGCCAUCGCCAACCUGCCCUGCCACCCCAAGCCCUCCUUCCUUGAGCCGGCUGUCCACGAGCCCUGGCGCGAGAUCCCCGUCUUCUACCUCUUCUGCGACCAGGACCAGGCGCUGCCCCUGGCCGCGCAGGAGGCCUUCGCCCAGACCCUGGGCAAUCCCGGCCGCUAUCACGUGGACGGAUCGCACUCGGCCUUCCUGAGCCUGCCGGAGCAUGUGGCCGACGGGCUGGUGCUGGCGUUGACAGAGGGGUUGGAGAAGACUGGUGCUGGUGGUGCCGGUAGUGCUUCUGGUGUGGCUAACCGCGUUAGUCAGUGAUAGUAACUUAUGACUUAGUGGUCUUCGAGCAAGGGUGGACGAAUAUAUAUCCUUCUAACAUACAUAAUAUGUAGUACGGUUAGUCCGUGCAAGGGGAGGGCUUGACAGGGGCGAGGGGCCAAUCAUUUUGGGUAUUGUAGAUAGAUCCACCGUUUCUUUGUUUCGUUCGUUGAGCAUUGUCCUGCGGUAAUGCUGGGUUGGUCCUAUCAAAUCCCAUCGAGAUAUCUCUGCCGCG